AGUGAGCCCGGCAGUGAGGCGAAACGUUGGGCUCCGCGCGGGAGUCUCGUGGCCGCCCGCCUUUUCUUUUAAGUCGGGGUGCCUUUUUCCUUACACCCACCCCCCGCCCCUUUUUUUCCGUCGCCCUCGCGGCUCUACGGACCGAUCGUCGCUCUCUUUUCAAGGCACGCGAGUAGAGAGAGGCUCGUCGCCGUGAUCGUUCCGCGAAUACGUACGUACACCGUCAUCAGUCAACGGGGUUCGUUCUUCUGGUUCCGUCUUUCUUUCAUUCCGAUUUCUUCUUCGCCUUCGGUCGCGUCGCGUCGCUCGCGGUUUCGUCACACCGCGAGAGGUUAGCCGCUGGGAAUGAAAACGCGCGACUCGCCGAGUGGAUGAAGGAUCGGAUCGCAGAUUCGCACAGAAGGGGAGGAAAAAAAGACUAGACAGGGGAAAAAGAGAGAGAGAGAGAGAGAGAGAGAGAGAGAGAGAGAGAAACGGAGAGAGAGAAGGGGAUAGAGAGACGGGGUUUCUCGAGACGGGACGGUGCGGAGACACAGACACCGUGGACGCGAGUUGGCUGCGGUACCGGAGAGGAUCUACCGCAGGAAGACCGGCGGUGGUGCGUGACCUCCGGCUCUAGCCACAUGACACGGUGUUCGAUCUCGCGUGCACAAUCUCGUUACGGUUCUUUCAACGAGAAGAGGAUAUCGUGCGUUCUCUUGGUGAUCGUUGCGACGCGUUGGUGGUAUCGGUCGGUCGGUGGGUGUCGAGGUGUCGGUGACGACGGUGUCGGUGUAGGUGUAGGUAUAGGUGUAGGUGUAGGUGUCGGUGUCGCUGGUCGCGGGGCGAUCUCUUUCGGCGAGGCCUCUCGGCGGCGAGCCGAAGCAACCACGUUCUUCGUUUCCGCGUUCUUCGUUCAGUGGCUGGUUUGAAUGUUUCGUUUCGUUCCAAGUGGACGCGGAGGAAGCAGGAGGGUGCAACGUGGUUAGAUAACACGGGCGACGACAUUCGUUUGCCAAUGUCAAUGUUAACAGUGGUUGGAAGACGGCCACGGUGAUAUCGCUGGCACGCGUAACACUCACUCGUACCGUCUAACACAUUCCGCUCGUCCAUGUGCUCCAGUUGGCUCGGCAACGGCAACGACAACGACGACAACGACAACGUGAAUGGGAACGGGCGCAAGCACGGCAAGAACGGAAACAGAAACGGAAACGGAAACGGCAAUGGUAACUGCAACGGCAACGAGAACGGCAACGGCUGCAAUGGGUCGCUCGGCUGGGGACAGAGAGUGAGAGAGGUGAGACAACCAGGGGCACGAGGCGAAAGAAACGCGUGGCGUCACGGAGUCACGAGGAGACGCAGGCUUGCAAAAGGAAGGGAGGCGGCACGGAAGGGGCUACGAGCGGAAGCGGUGGGCGAGCAAGUGGAAAAAGAGGAGAAAAGGUGGGAGGAAGGGAUCGUCGGUGGGAAGAGGGUGGGCCGAAGAGCAGAAGAGUAAGAAGAGGAGCAGAAGAGAGCGUGACCGGCGGCGGAGUGGAAGAAGGGAAGAAGAAUCGGCGCGGUGUCGCGGGGCAAGUGCGAGGAAGUUUCGGUGGUACGCGAAUGGAGGAAAGUCGGUGCGGGGCGGAAAGAGCCUUGUGAAGAAACUAAGGAUUAGAUGGUGGAGGUGCCGGAGAGGCGGGCUAGGGAGCCUACGGGGCCGAUCGAGGCACCUCGCACCUACCUGUGCGGGCCAGGCAGCCCAGCGAACCGCGUCCUCGUCACGCGAUUGCAAUCGCGAUCGUCUCACCAGCGGCCCCGUCUCUGUCACUUUCACGUUUCCUGCGUUCUCACGGCGGAUGGCCACGCGCUGAUCUCUGGAAGGCAGCACGCUGAUAGUUGCUCGCUGCGGCUGGCGGCUGGCCAUCAGCCAUCUACCGACCAGUUACCGGCCAUCGACGAGAAGCUCUUCGGCUCUUCGGAGAGCAGGAGGCCCCUGGGGAUCGUGGUGUCGACGCGCGGGGCCAACGCGAGUGCCGUCGUCGUCGUCGUCGUCGUCGUCAUCGUCAUCGUCAUCAUCGUCGGCGGCGGGAACGAGCACGCGGAACGCUGGAACUUUGCGCGGAAUCGCGGCGGUGGCGAAUCGGCUCGGAUCGAGAAAGUUUGUCGCUGUUGCUGUUGUCGCUGCUGCGAGGAGAACAAGGAGAACAAGGUGACGAGGGGGCAGGAUAAGUGGUGCUGGAGAGAAGUGGUUUCGGCGAAGCUAGUGGAGCGUCGUGCGGAGCCCAGGAAGGGCUCCUUAGAAAGGAGCGAGACUGGCGAGCGCAAUGUGGCAAAGCGGCGGCAUGGGCGCCCAUGCGGCCAACAAUCCAUGGAUGAAAUUAAUGGGCAUUGUCCACAAGGAGAGAAGGCAUCACGAUUCGGGCUCUGCCGCUGCCGCCGCUUCCGGUGUUCAGGGCUCUGCGACCACCGGCAGCAACGACCGGACCCUCAAUCAAGGACUCACCGCUCCGGACUGCCCCCUCUGCGAAAAAGCGACAAAGAGGCCGCCUCCAUGCAACAUGCAGAUGAUCCUGGUUGCUGGCGGGUGAGUCCACCAUAGUCUCCCAGAAAGAACGCACUGUCACGCACAACAAGUCCCCCUUCUCUAUCUAUGUGUGCUCCCGCCUCUGUCUUUGUUCUCCCCUCCCCUCCCCCCCCUCCCCCUCCCCCGCCCCUUUGUGUCUUUUUUUUUUCUUUUUCUUUUUGACCGCCAAACGCUGCAAAACGGUGCUUAACUGUCGCUCGUUUACUCGAGAAUCGCCAAUCUGCCAGGCUUCAAUCUUUCUGUGUUUGUGUGUCGUACAUGUCUGUCUGUCUGUCUGUCUGUCUGUCUGUUCGAUCGUGCGUUUGUAUGUUCGUUCGGUGUUCUCUCGGCUCGUUUUUUUUUGAAAA